UUUGAGAAUCAUUUUGCUGAAAUUCUCACACAUGAAGUGUUCCAUUCCACUUGCUAAGGCCACCGGAGCUACCCUCCUAUGAAGUAGUUUUCUUGUUGUGCAAGGGCCAAGGGGUUGUAGUUCGAAAGAGAAGAUAAAGAACCUCUACUUAGGAUUCAUAACCAUCUUAGGAAUCGCCACUGUGCUUGUUUCUCUCCUCCCGGAGUUUCGGGUGGUGGGGGCGUCUCUGUUCUUUGGAAUGGGAUUCUCUGGCUUAGCUCCGAUUCUUCACAAGCUGAUAAUCUUUUGGGACCAACCUGAAGCCCUUCACACGACAUGUUAUGAGAUUUUGAUGGGUUUGCUUUAUGGGUUAGGAGCUCUGGUUUAUGCAACUAGGAUCCCAGAGAGAUGGAUGCCGGGUAAAUUCGAUAUAGCAGGACAUAGCCAUCAGUUGUUUCAUGUUCUGGUAGUUGCUGGUGCGUUCACGCACUAUAGAGCUGGGCUAGUGUAUCUUAAGUGGAGAGAUAUUGAAGGAUGUUGAAGAUGAAGAUUGAAGAUUAGAUGGAUUCUUUGAUGUUUUAAAUCUUGUUUGUAGUAGCUUCAUAUAAAAGUUGGAUUAUGUAAAGUCUUAUCUAUAAUCAAACGUUUAAUUGUUUCCUUUAUUCAAUAAAGGAUUCAUAUUGUU